UCUGAACAUAUUUUCUGUGCUCUCCUUACAGGAAAACACCAGCAGCAACAGCAGCACUCAGUACAGGUAACCAGUGGUAACCCUCGCCUCACUCAGCUCUGCUCCCGCUGGCAACAAGUGUGGCUGCUCGCCCUCGAUCGCCAGCGCAAGCUGAAUGAUGCACUCGACAGACUAGAGGAGCUUAAAGAAUUUGCCAACUUUGACUUUGAUGUGUGGAGGAAGAAAUACAUGCGCUGGAUGAAUCACAAAAAGUCUCGAGUCAUGGACUUCUUCCGACGCAUCGACAAGGACCAGGAUGGAAAGAUCACCCGCCAGGAGUUUAUCGAUGGCAUCUUGGCAUCAA